CUAGCGCGCCUCGUCCUCGGCGUGUGCUCAUCGUGGGCGUCAGUGUCACGUGACACGCCGAUCGCACCGCACACCUCCGAGCCUCCCUGACCAGCGAGCGCCCUUGAGAGUCUCGUCCGCCAUUGACAUCUGUCUGCACUCGCUGCACGUCUCCGUGUUUCUCAGCAGUUGCCGCAGCCUCGCCCGUCGAAACAGACGCCCGACGCACGCAGCCGAGUCGCGCCCAACUGCCACCCGACCUCCCCUUCGACACCACCUCGAGCGCCCACGCAACCACGCCCGCCAUGGAUUUCAACAGCCUCAAGGACCAAGUGAGCAAUCUCACGCUCUACGACCUGAAGGCCGGAUUCCGCAAAGCACAAAAUGCGGUUAUGAACUUCACCGAGAUGGAGGCCAAGGUCCGCGAAGCCACCAACAACGAGCCAUGGGGCGCUUCCUCCACCAUCAUGCAGGAGAUUGCCAACGCGACAUUCAACUAUCAACUGUUGAACGAGAUCAUGCCCAUGAUCUACAAGCGCUUCACGGAGAAGGCGUCGGAGGAGUGGAGGCAGAUCUACAAGGCCCUCCAAUUGCUGGAGUUCCUCGUCAAGAACGGCUCCGAGCGGGUCAUCGACGACGCCCGCUCCCACGUCUCGCUCCUCAAGAUGCUCCGGCAGUUCCACUUCAUCGACAUGAACGGAAAGGACCAGGGCAUCAAUGUCCGCAACAGGGCCAAGGAGCUGGCGGAGCUGCUGGGCGACGUCGACCGCAUACGAUCCGAGCGCAAGAAGGCGCGCGCAAACCGCAACAAGUUUGGCGGCGUCGAGGGCGGCAUGGGCGGCGGCGGCUUCUCCGGCAGCAGCGGCGGCGGUGGCAGAUACGGCGGCUUUGGGAGCGAGUCGGCCGAGUAUGGCGGUCACACUGGCGGUGUGUAUGGAGAUGGCGGCGGCUUUGGGGGGCAGGACCCCAGCUUCACCGAGUCACAGCAACGGCGCGACCGCUUCGCCGAAUACGACGAGUACGACGAGGCGGAUAGUGUUGCGAGCCCGCCCCGACGGAAGGAGCCUACAUCGACAUCGACAAGACGAGAAUCCAAGAAGGCCGAGCCGCCGAAGCCCAAGGCGCCCGAGCCCGUCGCCGAUCUGCUUGCCUGGGACGACGAGCCUGCGCCUGUCGCGAGCUCGUCAGGCAAGGCGCCCGCAGCCCCGGCAAACAACGACGACUUCGACGACGAUUUCGACGACUUCCAGUCAGCGGCGCCUGUGCCUGCUGCGAAGCCAGCCGGGUUCGGCAUCGCCCCUCCCGCGUCGACAUCCACCAUCAGCGCCUCUACGCAGUUUGCCGCACCGCAGCCCCAGUCUGCAGUGCAGAACAACAACCUGAACGACCUCUUCGCCACAGUGUCGCCCGCGCCGUCGGCAAACCGCAUGAUGUCGCCUCCCGCGCAGCCGUCGAUGGGCGCGAGCUUCUCACAGCCCCCGAAGCCGACGGGCUACCAGGCCGCCGGGCCCAACUACUUCACGUCUGUCCCGCAGCCCGCGGCGAACGUGUCUACGCCCGGCUCCGUGAAGUCGCCGGGAGGCAUUGGCGCGCCCAAGAAGGCCGGCGGCGAUGCGUUUGCGUCGCUGCUCGGCGGCGUCACGAAGAAGACGACAACGCCGUCGCAGAAGGUCACCAUGGGCGAUCUGGCCAAGCAGAAGACGAGCCAGGGUCUCUGGGGCGCGCCGGCGUCCAGCUCCAGCACGCCCGCCGCGCAGUCGCCGCAGACGGGUGCGAAGCCCCCGGGCGGUGCUCUGGGAGACCUGCUCGGAUAGCGGCAGCGAGGUCGCUGCGUGCAGGAGACGAUAUGAUGCUAUGACAGCUGCUGCUGAAAAUACACGGCCUUGUGCAUUGAUAGCUUAAUUUGAGAGUAUAUUUGAGUGCA